UGCAUGGAACACAACCGGAAAUUGUGCAUAUUACCCAUUGAAAACAUUCAAUUUGACUCCGUAAUUCAUGUCCACAUUUUAAAGGGGGCAUCUCUUAUUCUUCUCUCUGAUUCCUAACCCAUGUGUGCUGAAAUGUGGUAUGGAAUGUAGUAAAAGAACGAAAGAAGAAAAAGUAUAAUUUCUACAAAUUGAAGGUAUUCUCAAUUAAAAAAAAAAAGAAAACGCACACAUAAUAAAUAAAUUUAUAAAUAAGAAAGGAGCGAGAAAAAUGGUGCAUUCUGAUACGGACGAUUUAAUUGUGAAAAGAAAAGGCGGUGGAAGUAUAAUCGAUCAACGUCCACUGUUUUCCAGUGAUGGAGAAACUCUGUACAUAGUAUGGAAGAAUGUCAUAAGGGUGUACAGCACGCAAACGGGAGAUUUCGUCCGAGAAUUCGAGCCGUCCAAUUACAGAAUUGCUGGAAUAAUAAUACAUCCGGAUAAUACUAAUAUUAUUGUCGGUUGUACGGAAAUCGGCGAACUAGACUUCUGGGACUGUCAAAGUGGCAUUAUCACCAAGAAAUUACAAUUAAAUUCUGUAGCGGAUGACAAGGCAAAAAUUAAAACUUUUCACGUUACAAAAUAUAAAACAUUCCAAGGAAAUGAGAUAUGUCAAGCAUUAAUAACUUAUAUCUCUAAUUGCGGGAACCAAAUAUAUAUACUUUUAUUUGAUAUAGAGAAUGGAACAUGUAUGAAAUCGAUAUACAUCUUCACAAAUUCACAGGAGUAUUAUAUUGAUAUAAUUGGAAAUCAUGGACAGAAUUUAAUAGCUCUUUUACAUGAUGAAAAUUUACACAUAUUAAAUCCAGCUAGAAAUUUAGUUGAUAAAUUGCACAAGAUUGGCAACACAAAUAGAUUACCUACUUGUAUAGCGGGACAUCCAGAAGAAGAAUGUGUCGCUACGGGAGAUUCUACUGGUCGUGUAGUUGUAUGGAGAAGUUUAUUCCAAUCUAGACCAUAUACAGCUGUGUUUCAUUGGCAUACAUUGCCAGUUACAGAAAUAGUAUUUAGUAAAUCAGGUGGCCAUAUGUAUACAGGUGGUGGUGAAUGUGUAUUAGUAAAAUGGACUUUAGCAAAUCCACAACAUAAGUCCUUUCUUCCACGAUUACCAGCGCCUAUUAAACAUCUCACUAUUGCGCCUGACAAUUUAUAUGUAGCUGUAUCGACUUUAGACAAUGGUAUUGUUAUUGUAAAUCCUCAAAGAAAAUUGACAUCAGUGAUACAAAACUUUACAUGGGGUGUUGCUUCGUCGUCCAAGGACUUGUUUCCCGCGGGACUUAUUGUCGAUCCAAGGACAGAUAGUCUCGUUUUAAAUAGCCGAACUGGACACGUGCAAUUUUACAACACUCAUACAAAGAAUCUAUUGUAUAAUAUUAAUAUAACUGCACAAAAUUUUCUCACUCAAGAGCGCGAUGUAAUUAUUGUAAAUACAGAAGUUACAAAAAUAGCUCUUAAUCACAAUGGUAUGUGGAUGGCAACAGUCGAAGAACGAAAUGAUAAAAUUUCAUCUAUAGAAGUUAGAUUAAAAUUUUGGAUGUAUGAUGUAAACAAACAGAUAUUUGUAUUAAAUACAUCCAUUGAAUUACCUCACGAAAAUGGAAUAAAUGCAUUACAUUUUCAACCAGAUACAUUUGAUGGAGAGUGGUUAGCAGUCACAACUGGAAAAGAUAACAAAUUUAAAUUAUGGAAUUUAGGAAAAUCCUCUACUAUAGAAAAAGAGACACAACAUUGGUAUUGUUAUGGAGUAGGAGACUAUCGUAAUUUAGCUACUACAGAUGCUGGUUUUUCAAUGGAUGGUUCUUUAUUAGCUAUUGGUUUUUAUUCUACUCUAACUAUAUGGGUACCUGAAACUUGUGAGUUGAAAUCCAGUCUUACACAUUCCCAAUAUAAUCAUCCAAUAACACGAAUAGAAUUCGGUAAACACGAGGCCUGUCACCUUAUAGUAGUUGCAUCUCAGCAACACAUAACAGUUUGGAAUAUUUUAACUCUCGCUAUAACGUGGAGUGUACCCUUGAAUGUUGUGAGUCUUGCAUACGAUCCAAAAUCAACAUACAUGGCAGCAUUUACAUCUGAUAAUUCAUUGUACGUGUUCACGCCACAAAGUGCGACACCUGUUUACAAAAAAACAUGCCUUAUCGAGAGUACUAGUUUCAUAUUGGCGGCUGCUUUUGUACCUCAUCUACAGGAAAAACGCAAUCCUUCGUUUGGUCAAUGGCAACGAAAAUCGCAAUUAUUUUUUUUGGAUUCAAAUCAAGAGUUGCUCACAUUGGAACCAGAAUCCGAAACGGCUAUUUUUUUAGAAGUCCUUUCAAAUAAGGGAUCUAUACCAUUGACGGCUUUCUCCAAUUUGAUAGCAACUCAAACAUCUUCGAGUAAAGAGCAAACCAUUGCACAAGUUCACGAACAUCUUGGUACAUCGGCAAAAGGAAUAGUAGAAGAAUUGCUCAGCGUAUCGGCUCAUACUUUGCCGCCGAUGAAAUUGCUAUGCUCAUCAUUCAUCUUGUCGCUGACAGGGCAACAAUCCUCGAGAAAUCGUUUAAAAAGCACCGAAAACUCUGGAGACAGUGACGCUGAUUCAGCUCGCGAUGAUCUCUCAGAUUUAAGCGAUAACGAGGUAUCGCGGCCGACGAAACCUGCAGUCACACCGACCAACGAAGACGAGGAUACGGAUGAAUUGAACAUACAACUUAUCAAUCAUGAUUGGUCCUUCCUAUCUACUGUAUUUCCUGAUCAAGAUAAUAUUGUCCAUUGAUUCAUGGAAAAAGAGCCAUGUUACGAUGAGAUCAUAAACUUAGCAAUCCUCAAAAAUGA